ACCUCUUUGGUGCCUGGCAUUGUAUUGGGCGGCAUGUCAUUCUCUUUCGGUGCACCAUCAAUGAUGGGGUUACCAUGAGGUGAUCCUUGAGACGAUGUUCCAGCAUCGUUGGCAGAGUCGGUAGGGGAUGCACCUUGCUCGGCUUGUACUUCAGCGGGCGAGGUUCUCGAAGAGUUCUGAACCGAACGUUCAUUCUCUGCAGACGGUGCACGUUGUGGUUUGGGCGGUGCGGGAGCAACGAACAGCUGCUGUGCGAAUGAGGAAGAUAACUGGGCGGGUGCUUCUGACGACGGCGCUCUUGUUGUUGGUGACGCUGGGCUUCGUUUACCCGAGCCGUCAGCUGCACUUCCUAGCACUAUCAAGGCUGCAGGAGGUAUGCGUUAGCAACGACGAUACUGCAUAGAUGGUCGAAGGCAGGUAAGUCGUGAGGUUCCGCCGUCAACAUAAGACGACGAUACAUUGCCUCACAUGACGGUUUCAUGCUGAGUACUCACAUCCAUUGUUCUGUUUAGC